GGACUCCGGGCAGCGGCACACCGGGCAGGACUCCGGGCAGCGGUACAUCGGGCAGGACUCCGGGGCAGCGGCACAUCGGGCAGGACUCCGGGCAGCGACACAUCGGGCAGGACUCGGGCAGCGGCACAUCGGGCAGGACUCCGGGCAGAGGCACAUCGGGCUGGACUCCGGGCAGAGGCACAUCGGGCUGGACUUCCGGGCAGAGGCACAUCGGCUGGACUCCGGGCAGAGGCACAUCGGGCUGGACUCCGGGCAGAGGCACAUCGAGCUGGACACCGGAUCACCAGGCGGAGCAGCAGGCACCGGGCCCCCAGGCGGAGCGGCGGGCAUUGGGGCCCCCAGGCGGAGCAGCGGGCACCGGGCCCCCAGGCGGAAGCAGCAGGCACCGGGCCCCCCACGGAGGGGCGACAGGCGUCGGGCCCCCAGGCG